AUAUAAAUCUGAAAUUCUCACUCCAUCAAAAAGAUUUCCUCUUUAUAUGGCUAUAAUGGAUUUUGGAACUUCUAUAGUAACUUUACCAAAUUUAUUCUUUCCAAUGCAAAAAGAUUCUUUAAUGAUUGGAAAUUGGUGUACUUCAUUGGGUUUUAUUACUUCAUUAUUUAUUGUAAUGAAUAUGAUGUUGAUGGCUUCAUUGGCUUUAAUAACUUAUUUAAGAAUUUGUAAACGUUACGUUAUGAAUCUUGGAAAGAAGGAUUGGAUUUUAUUUUCGUUGAUUCUUUUUCCAACUUUAACGAUUUCUUUCGUAACUUGGUAUUUGAACGGAUUCGGUCCUGACACUUUUUGGUGUUUUAUUAAUCAAGAAGAAACUGGUAGUCGAGUGAAUUUGAUCGCUCUCAUAGUAUUUUCGUAUGUUGUAACAAUAAUGACAUCAUUUUGUUACAUGAGUGUAAUAAAACGAAUUCAUAAUGCUGAAACCAUGUUUGCUGACUCAUACACCAAGAAUGAAAGAUAUAAAUCGAAAUUUUAUUCAUUCAAGACUCAAUUACUUUCACCAACAUCGGACCAUUUUUCUACUACUAUAAUAGAUGGUCUGGAAAUAAGACCACCAAGUUUCUUUUAUGGUCCUAUAACUGCCCCUACUGCAGCACAGGAACGUACAUUAAAAAAUAUAACAAAAGCCACUCGAAAGAUGUCAAGUUAUAUUUUUUUACAAAUGUUACAAUAUACACCUAUAAUUAUUUAUUCAUUAUGUAUUUUGAUGAAUCAAAUGCAAACUUGGGUUUAUGUAUUGACCGUUGUAAUGCUUAAUUUAGGUGGUGUUGCUAAAUCAUUUGUAUUUAUGAAAAGUAAUAAUACAAUUGGAGAAGAAAGAAAGAAAGAAGGAAAUUUAUGCAAAUAUAAAACAUCUUCAAAUGAAAUUUGUUUUUGUGAUGUUGAUAAACAAAAAGAUGUUCCUAUUAUUACUGUGGUUGUAAAUCAAAAAGAUUUAUUGUGAAUUGUCAAUAUACUUUGAAUGUUACUACUGCUGGAAUGUUACUACUGCUGGACAGAUUUUAGUAACUAUUAAUAUAAAUUAAUUACGAACAAGAAUGAAAAUAUUAAAUGUACAAUAUUUAUAAUUAUAAUAAUAUAAUUUUUAAUGAAACCUUGUUAAAAUAUCUUAGUCCUUCUUUUUUCAAAUCGUAAAUCGUAAAAAA